AUGUCAACAAAUAUGAAACAAUAUCUUGAAUUAGAACCAUUUAUUUGUGAUAUUCUUUAUAAAUUUAAUGAAACAUCAUAUUCAUCAUGUCUUGCUUUAAUGUCUCAAUUUGAACCUAUAUUUGCAUUAGAUCAAUAUUUAGCAUCUCAUUUACGUAGAUUAUAUUAUGAAAUACGUUAUAGAAUAAUUGUUAUAUAUUUUUUACCGUAUAAAAAUGGAAGUAUGACAGUUAUGGCACGUCAAUUAAAUAGAACAAUUGAUAUAUUUGAAGAUGAAUUUGUUCAUUUAAUUCGUUUAGGAAAAAUAAAAGCACGUAUUGAUUCAAAAAAUAAAAUUUUAUAUGUUGCUGAUACUGAUCAACCUAUAAUUAAAGCAAAUUUAAGUGUUAAAGAUGAUUCAAUAUCAACAUCAAUUCGUCUAUCAAAUAAUAAUAAUGUUUCUCGUCGACAAUUUGUAUCGAAUGUUCCUGGUAAUAUAAUGAAUGAUGGAUGA